UACAAUUCGGUUAAGAUUUUCAUUUGUUCUUGGUAAAAUAAUAUGCAGUGCAGUUUGAAACUUUCCCGACAUGGGAAAUUGUUAUCCAUUUCAAAAAAUAUCAAUGGAUUAACUCGACAUCUGAGAUUAACUACUAAAUUAUCUACUACUAAAUUUGAUAAAAUUUUUCCUAAACGGGAAUUUCAAUCGAGACAUAUUGGUCCAAGAGAUCAUGAACAACUUGAGAUGCUGAGAACUAUUGGAUUCAAUACAUUAGAUGAAUUAACGAAUACUGCAAUACCUGAUAAAAUUCAACAUAAUCAAGAUCUAGAUCUUGAAUCACCAUUAUCGGAAUAUGAGUUAAUAAAAAGAAUAACUCAAUUAUCACAAAAGAACAAACUAUGGCGAACUUUUAUUGGUAUGGGAUAUUACAAUUGUUGUGUUCCACCUACAAUUAUGAGAAACAUUUUUGAAAAUCCCGGAUGGACUACACAAUAUACACCGUAUCAGCCGGAAAUAGCUCAAGGCCGAUUAGAGAGUCUUCUUAAUUAUCAAACGAUGAUUUGUGAUAUGACAGGCAUGGAAGUUGCAAAUGCCUCUUUAUUAGAUGAAGGAACAGCAGCUGCUGAAGCUCUGAGUCUCGCACAUCGUCAUAAUAAACGAGAAAAAUUAUUUGUUUCUGAUAAAGUUCAUCCCCAAACAAUUAGUGUCAUUGCCACUCGAGCUAAUUCUUUAGGUUUGACCCUUGAAGUAGGUGAUGUAUUCCAGGUAGAUCCAUCUUCUAAAUCAAUCGCUGGGGUUCUUUUCCAAUACCCAGAUACAACUGGAGCUAUUUAUGAUUACGAAAAAAUUGUUGAAAAUUUUCACGCAAAUGGUACUUUAGUAUGUGCUGCCACUGAUUUGCUUUCAUUAGCAAUUUUAAAACCUCCUGGAGAAUUUAAUGUUGAUAUUUGUAUCGGCACAAGUCAGCGGUUUGGAGUACCUUUAGGAUAUGGAGGACCACAUGCUGGAUUUUUUUCUUGUCGUAAUAGCUUAGUCAGAUUAAUGCCUGGUAGAGUUGUAGGUGUAACUAGAGAUGUUAACAACAAAGAUGCUUAUCGAUUAACUCUUCAAACACGAGAGCAACAUAUAAGAAGAGACAAAGCUACUAGCAACAUUUGUACAUCUCAAGCACUUCUUGCAAAUAUGUCUGCAAUGUAUGCAGUCUAUCAUGGACCUCAAGGAAUACGAGAUAUUGCUAUGAGAGUCCAUCAUUUAACUUUGGUUCUCGCUAAAGGUUUAGAAAUGAUGGGACAUAAAAUACUAAAUGAAUAUUUUUUUGAUACUAUAACGAUAAAAUCUAAAUUACCGUUAAACGUUAUUAAAGCUAAUGCAAAAAAAGCAGAAAUUAAUUUGAGAUAUAAUAAUGAUGAAUCUAUAGGAAUUUCAUUAGACGAAACAACUGAUCUCAAUGAUGUAAAUGAUCUCUUAAAAAUUUUUAAUGUUGAUAAAACUGCCAAAGAUAUUGUUGAUAAAGAAAUAUUAGAUGAUAAGUUAUUGAGAAAUUCAAAAUUCAACCGUACAUCCAAAUAUUUAACACAUCCAAUAUUUAACAUGUAUCAUUCUGAAACAAGAAUUGUUAGAUAUAUGAAAGCAUUAGAAAACAAAGAUGUAUCACUUGUCCAUAGCAUGAUACCACUGGGCUCUUGUACCAUGAAAUUAAAUUCUACAACAGAAAUGAUGCCAUGUAGCCUACCAGGAUUCGCUAAUGUACAUCCAUUUGCUCCGAUAGAACAAGCUCAAGGUUAUCAAGAAUUAUUUAAAGACUUAGAAAAAGACUUAUGUGCAAUAACUGGUUAUGAUGGGAUAAGUUUUCAACCAAAUAGUGGAGCACAAGGAGAAUAUGCUGGUCUUCGAGCAAUUCAGCGUUAUUAUGAAUCAAAAGGUGACAAUAAUCGUCGAGUUUGUUUAAUUCCAAUUUCUGCUCAUGGUACAAAUCCUGCUUCUGCUCAAAUGGCUGGAAUGCAAGUAGAGCCAAUAUUAAUUGAUAAAGAUGGAUUGGUUGAUAUGGUUCAUUUGAAAGAAAUGAUUGAUAAAUAUCAAAAAACAUUAUCAUGUCUCAUGAUAACAUAUCCUUCUACAAAUGGAGUAUUUGAAGAAACCAUUAGUGAUAUAUGUAAUAUGGUUCAUGAUGCUGGAGGACAGGUAUAUCUUGAUGGUGCUAAUAUGAAUGCCCAAGUUGGUCUUUGUAGGCCCGGUGAUUAUGGUAGUGAUGUUUCUCAUUUGAAUCUUCAUAAAACUUUCUGUAUACCUCAUGGUGGUGGUGGGCCUGGAAUGGGACCAAUUGGAGUGAAACGUCAUUUAAUGCCAUUUCUUCCUGGUCAUCCUGCACUCGAUACUACAGGUAAUGGAAAUAUAGUAGACGAAUUAGGAACUGUGUCCGCUGCUCCGUAUGGAUCAUCAGCUAUUUUACCAAUUUCUUGGGCUUACAUUAAAUUAAUGGGUUCUAAAGGUUUACGUAAAGCUACUCAAGUAGCUAUUCUUAAUGCUAAUUAUAUGAGUAAACAAUUGGAAAAGUAUUAUAAAAUUCUAUACAAAGGAGAAACCGGUUUAGUAGCACAUGAAUUUAUUAUUGACGUUAGAGAAUUUAAAAAAACUGCAAACAUUGAAGUUGUUGACAUCGCAAAGAGAUUAAUGGAUUAUGGAUUUCAUGCACCUACGAUGAGUUGGCCUGUAGCUGGUACUUUAAUGCCUGAACCGACAGAAUCUGAAGAUAAGAUGGAACUUGAUAGAUUUUGCAAUGCAUUAAUUUCUAUUAGAAAAGAAAUCAAAGAUAUUGAAGAUGGUGAGAUGGAUAUCAAUGUCAAUCCAUUAAAAAUGGCACCACACACGCAAGAGCAAGUUAUCAACUCUCAAUGGGACAGACCAUAUCCACCAGAGUUGGGUGCUUUUCCUGUGCCUUUCGUGAAUGUUCCAAAGAUUUGGCCUGUAAUAGGUAGAAUUGAUGAUAUUUAUGGUGAUAAAAAUCUUUUCUGUACGUGCCCACCAAUUGUUCCACAAUGAAAUUUAUUUAAAAUUUUAUAUGUAAAUUAAAAUAUUUAUUUGUAAUUAUAUUUGAAAAAUAUUGAUAAUCUUAAUUAUCAAAGUAUUUAUAUUAUAUAGAUGGAAAACUUUUUUACAAAA